AUAAUUCUAAAAUUUAUUUGAAGAUAAUAUUAAUAUAGCAAUAAUAGUAAAAUUUGAAUAGAAUGAUUUCCUAAAAUUUAUUUGUAAUAAUAGACUGUGUGAAAAAAAAUCUAGUACGUUUGGACUGUAGAAAUUUGGUUAGCCCUAGUCGGGUUGGAUUUUCAUCAUUUGUGUCUUGGCCCCCGUGAAAGACGGUAGUGUGUCGACCUAGUGCCAGAAAUUAUCAAAAAUUUAAAUAAGUGAAAAAUCUGAGUUUAUUCAGCUUGUCAACGCUCAUUUAAUCUCAAUAACAAUGUAUAAUCGAAGUGGUGAACGUCCGGCUGGAAGUCGUGGUGGAUAUAGAGAUGGUGGUAGCCGGCCUGGUGCCCCUGGCGGUUUUCGAGGUGCUGGCCCCUACCCACCCAGAGGAGGAGGUGGUGGAUUCCGUGGUGGAAAUGUUGAACGGCCAGAUCGUCGUCAAGACGACAAAAACAAGCAACGUGGUGAACGCCUUCGUCGUAUCCGCUGGGAAGAAGUGGAACUGACUCCAUUCCGCAAGAAUUUCUAUGAGCCAUGCGCGUCUGUUAUGGAGCGCCCUGCUGAGGAAGUUGAUCACUUCUUGAAACGGAAUGAAAUUACGCUGAAAGGAAAAACCAUCCCAUCGCCAUGUAUGGAAUUUACCGAGACAAAUUUUCCGGAUUAUGUGAUGAAUGAGUUCAAAAAGCAAGGCUUUAAGAAGCCAACUGCAAUUCAGGCACAAGGCUGGCCCAUUGCCCUGAGUGGCCGAGACAUGGUGGGUAUAGCUCAGACGGGAUCGGGGAAGACCCUCGCGUAUGUACUCCCGGCUGUUGUUCAUAUCAACAAUCAGCCGAGAUUGCAACGUGGAGAUGGGCCGAUCGCGUUGAUACUCGCACCCACUCGUGAACUAGCCCAGCAAAUUCAGCAAGUGGCAAACGAUUUCGGUUCUUGUACUCAUGUGAAUAACACCUGCAUUUUCGGUGGCGCUCCAAAGCAUACACAGGCUAGAGAUUUGGAGCGGGGCGUCGAAAUCGUUAUUGCCACUCCUGGACGAUUGAUCGACUUCCUAGAACGUGACACGACCAACUUGAAACGUUGCACGUAUUUAGUUUUGGACGAAGCCGACCGAAUGCUUGACAUGGGUUUCGAACCGCAAAUUCGUAAGAUCAUUGAGCAGAUUAGACCAGACCGACAAGUUCUUAUGUGGUCUGCAACUUGGCCAAAGGAAGUUCGCAAUUUGGCAGAAGAAUUUCUUGACAACUACAUUCAGAUCAACGUUGGUUCUUUGAACUUAUCAGCGAACCACAAUAUUCUACAAAUUGUUGAUGUUUGCGAAGAAUUCGAGAAGGAGUCAAAGCUCGUGAAGCUACUCACUGAGAUCUCAUCAGAAACUGAAACCAAAACUAUUAUCUUCGUUGAGACUAAGCGUCGCGUGGAUGAUAUCACGCGAGCAAUUUCGCGUCAAGGUUGGAAGGCUUGCGCCAUUCAUGGUGAUAAGUCACAGCAGGAACGAGAUUACGUCCUGAAUGCAUUCCGUACUGGACGGCAAACUAUUCUUGUCGCGACAGACGUUGCCGCCCGCGGUUUAGAUGUCGAAGAUGUGAAAUUUGUAAUCAAUUAUGAUUACCCAUCAAAUUCUGAGGACUAUGUUCACCGUAUCGGUCGAACAGGUCGCUCCAACAACUUCGGAACAGCGUACACACUGUUUACAGUUGCAAAUGCAGCAAAGGCUGGAGAUUUGGUGCAGGUUCUGCGUGAGGCUAAUCAGGUUAUCAAUCCACGACUAUCGGAAAUGGGGAAGUUCGGUUCCGGCUUUGGCAAGAAUCGUGGCCGCUUCCAAAACCGUGGAGCCGGCCGCAUGGGCAAUGGUGGCAUGCGCGAUGUUCGAGCGUACAACAAUCCCGGCGACCGAAUGGCUAUAACCAACGGAGGUCCUCGGGAUUACGGUAAAAUGAACGGAUAUUCAGUUCCAGUACCAAAACCACUAGCUGAAAGUAUUAGAACCGAUUAUCCGAAACCUACCAAGCGUCCGCACGAAGAUGAAAGUUACGAAAUUCCAGCGAAACGUUCAAAUGGUCAAGUGUCCCGAUUCUCGACGGCUGCCAAGGCAGAGGCUGAACCCGCUACAAGUACUGCUAGUGGCACAUAUGAAACACGACCUUCUACAACGGCAGCGUUACCCAUUCCUACUAAGCCAGCCAGCAGCAGUUACGAAGAAAAGAGGCCGCCAACCGCAUACACCCACAGUACGGCUAGCACACCAACUGUACGCGUCAGUCGUCCACCACCUGGACAGGCUUACCCCGGUGUUGUUGCACAUGCUUACCCGCCACCACAUGCCAGCAUACCAAGAUCAGCAGCCGGCCCACCAGCGAAGUACAUGCACCACGCAUACGCCCCAAGCUCCAACCCAGCAUCAGUACAAAGCGGCAGCGUUUACCCGCCACAUCAUCACCACCAGUAUGCUCUCCCCGUUUAUGGUAUUCCGCCGCCUAAUAUGUUUGCAUAUCCUCCUCCCCCAUUACCUGUUAAGAAUUAGAUUAUAAGCUGAAUUCGGGGAGUACUUUUGUUUUUCUUUUUUCUAUGAUAAGACAUUCUUUUUAGAUAGUGUUAUAGUUUAUAGAAUUGUCUGGAAGAUGUGAUCGGUGUUUGUGUUGCGUCGAGAAUCGAUGCGAUAUAGAUUCCUCCAUUUUUUAUUUAUUCUAAGUAUAGGCAUUAAUAUAUGGAUAACAUUCAAAAUGGUAUUAGAUGUGAAUUCCCAUGAUUUUCGUUUUUUGACACAGGUUUUAAGAUUUUUUUUCCAAGAUGUUAACACUAUAAAGAAGUAUAUAAAUAAAAAACAGAUUAAUAGAUUA